AUGACAGACUCCAAGCUGCCAUUCCCCCCACACAGGGAACAUCGAGUAUGGCUGAUUUCCUCGGGCGACAACCCGAUAGGGCUGACUGUAGCUCGCCAGCUCCUUGCUCAUGGAGACUGUGUGGUGAGCGGGUUGGUUCCCUCGAAUAUUCUUCGAGACGAAGACCGCCGGGACUACUUUGAGGACUUCCUUGCGGAAGUUGAACGAAACGAGGGAAAUGGGUGGAAGGAUCGAUUCCGCACAUGCAUUCUCGACGUCAGGAAGAUGGGCGAGUGCCAGGCGGCUGUGGCAGAAGCUGUGAAUUUGUUUGGCAAGCUGGACAUUGUUCUAUGGUGCACAAGUCAAACAGUCCUUGGGUCUGUCGAAGAACUAGCUGCUUCGGCGAGAACAUUGAGUCUCGUUCGCGAUCAAUUUGAGACUAAUUACUUUGGACCGGUGAACAUCAUCAAGUCGGCUCUUCCACAAAUGCGUAAACAGCGAGGAGGUCACUUUCUCGUGCUAAUGGGAAUCACGGCCCAUCUUGGAACGCCAGGGCUAGGGGUGUAUUGUGCGUCUGAAUGGGCAUUGGAGGGAUUUUGUGAUAGCAUCGCCUACGAAGUCGCUCCCUUCAACAUAAGAAUGUCCAUUCUUCAAUGCAGCAUGGAAAUUUGUAUUCUUACAAAUCUCAUUACCAGCGUUCCUCCAAUGCUUCCCGCCUACUCCGCGACUGAGAACAAUGCACCACUCUUCCGCAACAUUUUAGCUAGUCUUUUUUCACAACUGCCCCAAGCAGCCCCUGAUGGCUUUAGCUCCGCACCAGAACAGGAAGAUAUAACUACAAUCUCAAACACUGGACAACUACCAACAGGACCGUUUUCGUCGCGGGAAGUUGUGUCCAUGUACGCGCCGUUCAGUGUAGCGCAUCUUGAAGCUCUGAUAUUAGAGACGGUGCAUGCCAUUACAGCGAUAGGUGGUCAUGAGAAUCCGCCUUCCCGGCAUAUCAUUGGACAGGAAGGAGUGGCAGCCGUGAAGGAGAAGUUGAAGACUGUCAGUGAGGAACUCGAGGAUUUCGUUCAAGCUAGCUACUCGGUCGAUGUUCAUGAAAAUAACAAUGACGAGGACUUUAGUGGGGAUAUAAUAUGA